UUUUGUUUCCUUUCUCCCAUUUAAGAAAACUCAAAUUUUCCUCUUUAUGGAAGGUGAAAGUUCCUAAGAAAGUGAAAUUAUUUGCUUGCUAGUCUUACAUAGAAGAGUGAACACUCAAGAUCAUUUGCAACAACAUUCUUCCUUCGCUCUAUGUCUGCAUUGGUGUGGGGGAGUGUCAUGAAAGAGAAGCAUGGCUCGUGAGUUGGUGGGGGCAUGGCUCCCAUCUGCUUAGUUGGGAGUUGGUAGGGCAUCUUGUGAGUUAGGGAGGGUUAGAGAUUGGUAACAUUAGAAUCCGGAACAAACCUUUGUUGGCAAAGUGGCUUUGGAGUUUCUAUCUGGAAUCCGAUUCUCUUUGGCAUAGGAUUGUUGUGAGCAAGCAUGGCUCCCAUCCGUUUGAAUGGAUGACUUUUAGGGUUAAAGACACUUUUUUAAAUCCUUGGAAGGAUCUCUUUCGAACUCCAUUCUUUUUUUGAGUUUUCUAGUUGUUUUGUGGGGAUGGUAAGGACACUUAUUUUUGGGAGGAUCAGUGGGUAUGGGAGAACUUCCUAUGUUCGAUUUUUUUGCAUCCAUAUCAUUUAUCCUAUUCCAGAAAAUGCGUUACCUCGAAUCUUUUGGUGAGAUCUGAGAAUUUCGUGUCUUUCUCUUUUGGAUUUCAUCGUAAUUUGACCAAUAAGGAGAUGACGGAGGUGGCUUCUCUUCUGUCCUUACUUGAGGGAUGCUCUUGUAGAGAGAGGAGAAUGGAUAUUCAAUCCUAGUCAGGGUUUCUCUUUUAAGUCUAUGUUAAGUCUGUUGUUGGAUCCCGGACCCCCUGAAGAGUCAGUUUUUGAUGUGGUGUGGAGGACUAAGGUGCCUAAGAAAGUUAGGUCUUUAUCUGUCAAGUCUUGCUUAAUACCGUUGAUAGAAGAAGAACUUCGCUUGUUGGGCCUUUCUAUUGCAUGUUGUGUAGGAAGGCGGAGGAUGAUAUUGUUCAUUUUUCUGGGAUAGCAAGUUUGUGAGGGCCAUGUGGAGCUCCUUCCUUAAGGUGUUCGGUGUUAGCUUUGCUGGUUUACGUAGUAUCAAAGUGACAAUCGAUGAUUUCCUCCUCCAUCCACCUUUAAGAGAUAAAGGGGUUUUUUAUAUGACUUGUCGGGGUGUGCAUGGUUAUUUGGGAAAUUUAGGGUGAGAGGAACGAUAGGGUGUUCUGGAGGAGAUAGAGAGGGAUCUUAGUGAGAUUUGGUCCUUAAUUAGAUUUCUUGUGUCUUUUUGGGCUUCGAUUUCGAAUAACUUUUGUAACUUCUCCAUAGACAAUAUUUUACUUAGUUGGUCCUCCACUUUAUAAGUGGGUUGGCUUGGUGGGCUGUUUUUUCUUUGUAUGCCCUUAUAUUUUUUCAUUUUUUUCUCAAUAAAAGUUGUGUGAUUCCAUAAAAAAAAAUGUCUGCAUUGGUGUGCCCUUUGUCAUUGGAAGGAAGAGGAUCUUGAUUCUUGACCACCUUCAUACAAGAUUUCUAUUGCCAGUUUGCUUAUUCUCCUGUGAAGUCAUUCGUUUCAGAUGCUUAUGGAAAGUGUGGAUGGAGAAGAAUAGUCAGUUUUUGUUGAUCAAUAUUUUUAUAAUUAUCAGCUUGGUGUUAUUCUCUUAGCUUGGAGUUCUUCCUUGUUUAGCGAUGGACUUAUUUUGUAGACUUGUUUUUGUAUGCCCUUGUAAAUAUUUCAUAUCUCCUAAAUGAAAGCUCGUUUUUUUCUUAAGAAAAUAAACGUCAACCACAAUGUCAAUGACACAAGUUCCUAUUGAGUUGAACCACGUGCUUUCUAGAAUUUACAGAACGUAGUGUUUGUACAUUUUCUUUUCCAUAAAUUUUAUCACUGGUCUCUUAUCUAUGACUUGCUUUGAGCACUGUGAACAUGUUUAUGUUUGCCCUUUGCACUCUCCACUACAUGGGUGACUUAUUUUGAACAAAACAACUUGGGAGCUUGGUUUGUCUGGGUCUUCUUAUGCCAAAUCUUAAUUGGUUGUUGGAUGCUCUUGAUUCUUCUCAAGUUGCACACUCAGGCCAUCUGGCCAUUGAAGACGAUCGGUGAGGUCUGCUUUUGUAAUUGUUUGCUAGCUAUUGUGGAAGUGAAUAACAAGGAGUGUACUCAAAUUAGAUACAAAUAUUGUGAUUUUGUUCAUUUUAUGGCAUUUCGACUGUUCUCUUCAGGCCUUCACAAAGCAUUGUUCGGUGACUACCCUGUUUUUGUUCAGCAGCUUGAUUGUUUAACAGUAACUGGCUGGGAACCAGCAGAGGCUUCUAGAUUGUACGAUGUUUUGGGAGAUCUAUUGGAGCACUGUUUCUCAAAUUUACAUAGCAUUUGGAAGAACCUGCAAUUCUGGCAAUCUCGUGCAGAGGGUACAAAUGCUCAAAAGGUUUACUUUUUGAUUUGUGAGAGAGGUCCAAGGGCGUUUUUCAGUGGAACAGUGCAGUUAAUGCGCCAAAGUCUUAGGGAUGGUUUUUCCUUGCAACAUGUAGCUCGUGAGGCAUCUCUUUACAUAGCUCACCGGAUAAGUAUAUUGAGCAACCUAAGAUGUCAUCUUGCAGUUUUUGUGGCUCAGGUCUUUAUGGAAAUUGACAAAAUAGGGGCAGAGGCAGUGGAUGGUCAAGAAAAUUCCUUACCUUCAUUGUUGGUUACAUUGAAUGGCUUAUUUCUCGAUCUAGAGGCAUCCAUUUGUCAACUGCAUGCAACACCUCAUAUGGAUUUUAUUGAUGACAACGUUUCAUUUCCUCUAUUUGAAAAAGUACCAGAUGUGAACAAGGAGGGAUCACAGUGGACAAGUUGUGAAAUUGGUGAUGCUAUCAACUUGCUUUAUCAGAACCUUCAUAAGUUGGACUCUUUCAUCUCUAAUCUUGUUUGUAAACAUCGAAAGCCAAGGAAACUAACUCAAUACUGGCUUGGAUAUUCUUGUGGUGCAAUUGGUCUUUCAAUCUGUUCUGCUUGGCUUGUUCAACAUAGUAGUUUAAUGGGGAGCAAUGACAUUGAUAAUUGGGUUCGCGAAGCACAUAAUUCAGCAGCUAGUUUUUUCAAGGAUCAUGUAGAACAACCGCUUAUUUCAAUUAGAGAUGAACUUUUUGAUACAUUUAGAAAGAGGCAUAAAGGUGUGAUGGAGGUUCAAGAGGUUCAGUUAACUGCUAUCUCGCUGCACAGAAUGUUACUUGCUUUCAGUGAGCACACAAAAGGCCAGAAGUUUCCAGACGAUGCAUCGGAUCAAGAAAUGCUUGCAAUAGUUAUGACCAGGUAUGAAAAAGAACUGAUGCAUCCCAUUCAAAAUCUUCUUAGCGGAGAGCUGGCCCGUGCUUUGCUUAUCCAGGUGCAGAAGCUAAAAUUAGAUAUUGAGACGGCAAUGCUUGAGCUUGACCAGAUUCUCAAGGCAAAUGAAAUCAACUUUGCUGUUCUAGCUGCAUUGCCUGCAUUCUUUCUCUCACUUCUUUUCCUGAUGCUUUUGCGUACGUGGUAUAAACAGGAUACUAGAGCUGAAGGGAAGGGGAGAGCUGCUCGGCUUCAGAGAAGACUACUAGUUGUGGAGGUGGAGAAAGCAAUAAUGCAAUACCAGAGUUUUGUUGAUCAAGGACGUGUAAAAGAUGCUGAAUGUAGAUUUGGGUUACUGUUGUAUAGUUUGGGUCGGUUGUACCAUGCUUCCGAGAAGCAUGCCAAAGCAACUGGUGAAUGGCUACAUUUGAGGCAGGAUAUUUUGGACCUGGGAAAGCCCAGUCUUCCAACAAGAGAUAAGCUCAGAAUUACGUGGCGCAUGGAACGGGUAUACGAUUGUUUACUUCCUGCAUUGAAACGUUCAUAACGAUCAACUUUUUCUUCUAUUCAACUCUCCAGAACAUUUAUUAUUAUUAUUAUUUACUGAAUGGAAGUAUUUUGCUCCCACUUCCAAGCCUAAUGCUUUUUUCAACCUGCAUUUCGGCCUCAGUUAAACCACCUAGUUUUUGUUGUUGAGAAAGAAAGAUGCACAAUGAUGUCUGGCGUUUUGCUUUUUAUUGUCCUGAUAACUUUUGUCUUCAUGUCAGUUUUGAACUCUGUAAGAAUACUCUUUAGUAAUGAAAGAACUGUUUAAAUUCAAGUUCA